ACGCGCUGUGCUUCGGUUCUCUGCUUCCUGGGACCAGGCCAGCCAUGUGACUGCCUCCCCCCGCUGCGGGCAGCAGCAGAGCAGCUUCGGCAGAAGGAUCUGAGGAUUUCCCAGCUGCAAGCUGACCUCCAUCGUCCAGCCCCGGCCCCCGCCCAGCCCCCUGAGCCUGAGGCCCUGCCUACUAUCUAUGUUGUUACCCCCACCUAUGCCAGGUUGGUGCAGAAGGCCGAGCUGGUGCGACUGUCCCAGACCCUGAGUCUGGUGCCCCGGCUGCAUUGGCUGCUGGUGGAGGACGCAGAGGGCCCCACCCCGUUGGUCUCCAGGCUGCUGGCUGCCUCCGGCCUCCUCUUCACACACUUGGCGGUCCUCACUCCCAAGGCCCAGAGGCUCCGGGAGGGUGAGCCAGGCUGGGUUCGGCCCCGCGGUGUGGAGCAGCGGAACAGGGCUCUGGACUGGCUCCGGAGCGGAGGGGGCGCUGUCGGGGGAGAGAAGGACCCUCCGCCCCCGGGCACCCGGGGAGUUGUGUACUUUGCUGAUGAUGACAACACCUACAGCCGGGAACUCUUUGAGGAGAUGCGCUGGACCCGUGGUGUCUCCGUGUGGCCUGUGGGGCUGGUGGGCGGCCUGCGGUUCGAGGGCCCGCGGGUACAGGACGGCCGGGUUGUGGGCUUCCACACGGCGUGGGAACCCAACCGGCCGUUCCCAGUGGAUAUGGCGGGAUUUGCAGUGGCCCUGCCCCUGCUGUUGGCUAAGCCCAACGCCCAGUUUGACGCAACCGCUCCCCGGGGCCACCUGGAGAGCAGUCUCCUGAGCCACCUGGUGGACCCCAAGGACCUGGAGCCGCGGGCUGCCAACUGCACCCGGGUAAGAGGAGGGAGGUGGGCACGCAGCUCGGGGGAGGACGGGGGAUGGGAGAAGUGGGGUGAGGCCCUGGGAGGAGGAUCCCGGGGCAGGUGUUUGAGCAGGAGGGACCCUCACCCUCGGAACUCAGCUGCAGCCUUGCUUACUCUCCUGAAGGGCAGCAGGAGCCAGAGGAGGACGAGGGGGUUGGAGAAUCCGGUCACACCGAGGGCCCCGGGGCCUGGCUCGGGCUGGGCCCGGCUGACGGAGUCCCCCCGGGACAGGUCCUUUCGCCAGGCACAGACCUGUGGGGCCGGGCCCCUGGCUGCCAGGGUGCGGCUCUCCACGUCCUGA